ACGGCACACGAUUUUCUAGAAGAAAGUGGUAUUUAUUUUUAUUAUUAAUUGAAUUCGGAGGUACUACUAGGCCAAUAUAUAUAGAUAUUUGCUAUUUCCACAUGAGACAAAUAGCCAACGGCAAUAUAUGAAAGAGUAGGAUAUCUAAUUUAAUUAGGCAAUAUAUUUCAUGUUUUAUAAGUGGUUUGUUUCAGGUAUAUAUCUAGAAUCUAGAUCAAGGUGGUAUAUAAAGCCUUUAGUUAUUUUUUAAUUGCUUCACGGAAAGUACUGUGGCAUUUUCCGUAUCUUUUCUCGUUUUUGGUUUUGUAAUAUCGCUUCAAAUUAUAUUCUGUCGUGACAGAUAUUACUUAAAAGCCAACCGGCACUGCGAUUUACCGUUGAUAGGAGGAAGGAAAUACAUUUCCUCCCUUCUUUUAAUACUCGUUUUAUAAUGAAUUUUAAAAUUUGAAUAUUUCCCUUCCUUGCUGCGUGAGCAGGCCUAGUGCUAUCGUCAAAGAACUGACAAGUUCGUCUAAGUUGGGAUUUCGAGACCUAGCUAGAAGAAACUGGACCGCGCGGCGCUAAGUCAGUUCUGCGUUUCGUUACUGCUGUCAUGAGACCCACGCUUAAAAAUAGAGGAGUGUAAAUAAAGGCACAAAGUCUCUCCGAAAAGGAGUUGUUUGGCGCGAGCUUGUCGCUUAGUUGAGAUGAAAGGCGCGACUUUUCGGCAGCGUCUGGACGUUAAAAUUCCGUGAUUAAAAACAUCAAUAUUCAUUCCCGACAUCGGGAUUAGGAAAAUAAGGGGGUUGAAAUCUCCGGAUCGAACCCAAAUUGGAAUAGCUAAAAAAACUGAAAAAUAUCCUGCCAAUAAAUACGAAUGAUUGCCAAUGCUCUAGUUAGUAUACGGCAAAAGCUAAAUUGUUCUGCGGCCCGAGUGCCAGAAUUUGAUCUAGACCAAAUAGUAAAAUUACCUUCACUUGUUAUUGGUGAAUCUUCAUAGAAUGUAAUUUGGAAAAAUUUAACUGUAUCGAUCGUUUUUUUUUUAUUCUAGCACUCAGAUGCUAGAAUAGAUCGAGACCACGAAAACCAAUGAUUCCAGCAGAGUUUGAACUAAGUUUAAUGCAAGUUUUCCAUCUUCCGUAAAUUACCUAGCUGAGAUACUGAUAUAUGAAGCUACAACACAACGAAAAUUCCAUCAGUUAAGGGGUGUUUUGUAUUUUCACCAACGACCAGUUAUGAGAUUAAAAAUAUAACUUGGACGAGCACAAAAGAGAAUUAGAUUUAACAGGUUCGUUGCAUUUUGAAAAUAAAGUCAAUUUAAUUUGUGAUUCGAGUCAAUAACAGGAAUACUUCCCGCUCGUGUCAAACACCGUAGGAAUUGCUCCAAAACAAAGCGACACCUAAGUUCGUAAUAAGCGAGAUGAAAUCAGUAAAAAGCUGUUUAUUCAAUAAACAAAGGAUUUAGAAUGGAUUGAGGAAAUUUUUUGCUCAUUUCGAACAGGAGAUGCGUGAAACACAAGUAGAUUUUUUCUUCAAGCGUCACUUGUCUGGAAUAUCAUGUUUAUAAACAAUAAUAUACAUGUGCAUAGAACAUAAAUAGAGUUACAAAUGGCGUCGUAGCUACCUAGCUUAUACUUUUCAAGUAAGCGGCGGAUUGGGAAAGAUACGAUGUGAGUAUUAUUUGGACUUUAAAUGUCUUGUGUUUUAUAGACCCAAUUGCUGUAUUGGAAUAUGAUUACUAUACAUUUAAAAAUCGAACCAGCUGUUUAUAAAACAGCACCAUAAGCCCCAUUCUAUCUUUUAUUUACCACACACAUCUAUUACUACUGUAAGUAUAUACAUUUGCAUUACAGUUUUGUUUUUUACAUCGGCUGCAUAAUUUCAUAAUAGGAGUGGGACAAAUUAAGGUUACUAGUUUUAUGUGUAAUAACAUAGCGUGUAGUGUUUCCUUAUACAGCCUUAAUGGCAAAGUUACGAUGUCCUCAUGUUGAACUACUUGUAUUUUUUGUUUGCUGUACAAUCUACUCUUCGGACACAAUUUUGAAUGAAUUCAUUUAUCAGGUCGUUUCAGAAAGGAACAAUUUCACCACAGAUCAUACAUUAAAUUACUGCGCUGACAACUUUAAACAGUCAGAAGUAAGAAGAAUUGUAGCGGAAGAAACAUCAAGAUGGGGUAUGUAUGAAAGAGUGGCUCAGCGAAUCUCCAACGUCGUGGCAGCUUUGGUAAUUACUUCAGCAAGUGACCAGAUCGGACGUAAGAAAGCGCUGCUUUUUCCAGUCUUGGGAACAGUGAUAUCUUCAACACUUCAGACAUGUAUAAUCAAGUUUAAAUUACCACUGUUUUUUAUUGUCAUCAAUGGGUUUUUUGAAGGAGCGUUUGGUGCUUAUGCCGUCCUCAUAGAUUUGUGUACCGUCUAUAUCACCGAUACUGUGUCGUUAGAAAACAGAGGGAAAAGACUUACAAUAUUGGAAGUAUUUUCACAUUUCGGCGGAGGAAUUUCGCUUCUCGGUACCGGAUUUUGGAUCAAGUAUCAAGGCUUCGUUCCCCCAUCAUUGUUUCUAGUUUCUUGCAGUUGCGUUGGAUUAGUUUUACUCGCAUUUCUUCCAUCCAAGAAUAUCGUCUCAAGAUAUCAGGAGAAUGAAGACUCAGUCAAUUUAAUAACAACAGAUAGAAAGGAAGAGCCCGAGUUAAAUUCUACAACAAAAACUAAUUUGGGCAUUUGGAUACAAGCGAAGAUAUUUUGGGAAAUAUGUUCAAGUGAUAAAAGCGUAUGUCAUAUUUGUAUACAAGGAAAUACUAAAUUGUGUUCGCACGCUGGAAAUAUACACAAGGGCCGUGUAUGGAGAUUGUGGUUCUAUAUUAUUGCUUAUGCGUUGUAUAUGUUUGUGGUAAACGGAAUUGAACUUUUUCAAACAAUGUUCUUCAUUUCUCGACCAAUUUGUUUUACUCCAGAACUUGUCGGAGCCCAGAAUAGUCUCGACGCUUCGUCCAUUAUUUUCUCAAUAUUCCUUGUUAUUUUUUAUGAAAACGUACUUCAUAUGGAAAGUCAGGCAAUAUUACUAACUGCAAUGUUUGCUCGUUUCACUACGUCGCUAUUGAUGUUUUGUUCGAGUGAAGCUACUCUUAUAUUUAUUGGAUCAGUAUUUGCUUUGCUGUCUUUUGUCAAUGGAAUUAUCGGGAUAUUCACCCCAAUUGUUGUUUUGACUUUAUAUCCAGCAACUCUUGCUAUCUCCUACUCAUUUAUAUGGAUUGUAAUGGCAUCAAUACUAUGUUUUCCACUGAUUCUAAUGACAAUCGUAUGGAUAGCGGAUAGAAAGCGGACAGACAAAUGAAUGAAGACAAAUAUUCCGCAGCUAAUCAUUUUAUCGUGAAUCAUUCCACAUUAUUACAUCCUUUUCCUGAUGUUCAAGUUUUCCGUUACUACAAGAAAUGAGAUAAAAAAAUUCACAUGUAAGCAAACAACAAAAAAUUUGAAUCUGCGAAUAUUAAACAUCUCAAAUUAGUUUUUAUUUUACAAAUGAGCCAAACCAUCCGAACAGAGGUAUAGCUUCGACAUUCAUAAUCUAGCAUUUCGCAUACCAUGAUACCGGCAGCAGGGCUGCGACUUUUGUCUGAAUAAAAACAUCUAGAUUGACCUCAAUCAAUCUCAAUUGACACCUAACAAUAUCUAGAUUUGAAAACAAAACAUCCAAAAAAUAUAUCUAAAUAUGGAGUUAAUAAAUUUAAUAAAAAUAAACAAAACAAGAGAGUACAAAUAGUUCAUUAUAUUACAUCAUAGUAGAUUACAAAGAUCAUUUGAAGUUGUUGUUGCUACAGUUGCUUCAGAGGGAUUUUUAUAUGUUUCUGCUGUACAUAUGUUUUCAAACCCGAAACAGGUUUCUUAUAUGGCGUGCAACAUUGUUAUUUGGAAUAGGGGUUAAAUUAAAUGAUUGUACUAGUAUUGCAUUCAGUGAAUCUGUUUUUCUGCCGUUUCUUAGUUUUUUUUUUUCACAGUUUAUUGAACUAAAUUUUUUUCAACAUUAGCAUAUAAAUGACGUAGUAAUAUUGCUGGCUUACAUUACUGUUGUCGUGUUAUUGUUCCUCUUUCUGACUUUACAAGAUUGAAGUUUUGUGCUGACUAUCUGCCCUGCCUAUAGUGUUUUUUGUUUUAGUUCAUUAUAUUACAUCAUAGUAGAUUUCAAAGAUCAUUUGAAGUUGAUGUUGUUGCUACAGAGGGAUUUUUAUAUGUUUCUGCUGUACAUAUGUUUUCAAACGCGAAACAGGUUUCUUAUAUGACUUGCAACAUUGGUAUGUGGAAUUGGGUUAAAUUAAAUGAUAACUAGUUUUGCAUUCAGUGAAUCUGUCUUUCUGCUGUUUCGUAGUUUGUUUUUUACACAGUUUAUUGCACUAAACUUUUUUCAACAUCAGCAUUUAAAUGACGUAGUGAAAUUGCUGGCUUACAUUGCUGUUGCCGUAGUAUUGUUCCACUUUCUGACUUUACACGAUUGAAGUUUUGUAGCUGAUUUUCUGCCCUGCCGAUAGUGUUUUUUAGGAUAGCUAUGUUUUAUGACAGUUGACAGAAUGUAUGUUGUAUGUUGCUAACAGAAAACAAAAACACGAUUUUUAAAACAGUCGAAUUUGCAGGUACGCUAGUUUAUGUUUCAGCUUUCUAAGUGAGAUAAAAUCGUUGGCAUAUAGUGGACCAAAAGUAGGUAUACAGUUAUUUUAUUUAUUUUUUAUUACCUUCCAAGCAGCUAGAAAACUAAUGUAAAAUUCACAAUAGAUAUAUUAUCUAAAAAUAAAUAAGCAAUUUUUGUGGUACUUAACAAGUAACAUAAAGUGAACUGCAAGUAGCUUCAAAGCAUAUAAAAUAGUUUAAUAAAUGUAUACCUACUUCUGGGCCACCACCUACUUUUGGGCCACCCUGUACGUACUUAUUAUACAGUUAUAUUGUUCUCUCCAGUUUUGUGAUAAAAAUCCCUUAGAUUUCAUAUGAUUUAAGUUUUAUCAACAUUACAUUAAAUUCUGCAUACUAUCGGUAUUUGUUUAACAUUUAUACACAUCGCUUUUUUUUUAUUACCCACUGGAUAAUAUUUAGAAGGUUGAAAAAAAUAUCUAAAUUUUAUAGCAAACAUCUAGACUCCAAAUUUUACAUCUAGAUCAUGAACAAAACAUCUAGAUCUAGCGGUGCUUGAUCAAUAAACGCCGUUUGUUAUAAAUUAAUGUGCAUCAUGUCACACAUAAUACAUACGAAGACAGUUAGCAAAAUAACACGAGCUAAUCGCAAAGGAAAUUGACAAGUUUACGAGCUGACCGCAAAGGAAAUUAACAAGGAUACGAACUAACUGCACUGCCCCAGGGAAAUUACAACGAACAGAUGUUUUAUUUCAUUCACCAGCAUCCUGAUAUAGAUAAAAAUUGUAAAAGCCUGUAGGUUACAAAAAACUACAUUCUGUAUCAAGCUAUACAAAGAUUUUAAAUGUUCGUGAGUUUUAAAAGAACUAUAUUCUGUAUCCUGCUAACAGAUGCCGUAUCGAAUGCUGAGAUAAAGGUUAGACAACUGGCGGUGUUAGGAUUGCUAUCGAGCAUACCGGACUGUAGAAAAUUUUUGCGAGAAAACCGGUUAUUAGCAAGUCCUAUGCAUUGUCCUAAGUGCAGAAGCGUGAAAAACAAAUCCCCUAUUCUCAUUUCGAUCCAACAACCUGUCAAGAUUUAGGCCAUAAAAAAUGAUUUCCAUAAUCUCAUCUCAAUUCUUGUACACAUAAUAAUAAUUCAUUUAUAUACAUUGCCGUCUUAAACCGUCAAUUAUUAUAUAUAUACAUCCGCCAAAGUUAUUACCGUUAAAUGACAAUGUCGAAAACACAUUUCUUGAGCACCACGAUUAUAACCAUGGUGGCAGACAUAGAUAAGUAUGUUAUCAGGUAUUCAAUAGAAUUUGACUUCAAUAGAGGUUUGUUUAAUGAAGCAAUAAUUACCGACUUUCAUACGGCUCAACAGAGCGUGACGACUGCUGCCAGAACCACUUUUCAAGGGGGCGCUGCGAUCUUGCUUUGUAUUCGCAUGUGGUUGGGCGGUAGAUUAUCCGAGAGAUGCUGUACUAAAGUAGGUUUUUCAUAUUAAGUCAGAGUUUCAAGGUACACGAUAGACUAGUUUGACACGAUAUCCGGUCCUCUGACGGUACUACAGUAUCGGUACGGGUGCACCACUGCCAGGUACCGUUCCGGUACUCAACCCAACCGAAUAAUAGACCGUC